GCUCAUGCAAGUGUGACUGCGACCAAUUUUGCUCGUGAGAGCAACCUUCAUUUGCUGCUGUCUCGAGACAAAGCAGCAGCACUUAGGGGGGUGUUUGCGGCGCAGUGCCGCUUCUUCAACUCUUUGUUGAGGUUUUCACAAAGUCUGCCAAGAUGGUGAAGUUUACUAUGGAAGAGAUCCGUAGGAUCAUGGACAAGAAGAACAACAUCAGGAACAUGUCCGUGAUUGCUCACGUGGACCACGGCAAGUCCACCCUGACCGAUUCCCUGGUGGCUGCCGCGGGGAUCAUCAGCGUUGACGCCGCCGGCGACAUGCGCCUGACCGACACGCGCGAGGACGAGCAGCAGCGUGGUGUGACGAUUAAGUCCACGGGCAUCUCCCUCUACUACGAGAUGACGCCGGAGGCGCUCAAGAAUCUCAAGGGCGAGCGCGACGGGGACGAUUACCUCAUCAACUUGAUUGAUUCCCCUGGGCACGUUGACUUCUCGUCCGAGGUGACGGCGGCACUCCGUAUCACGGACGGCGCGCUCGUGGUUGUGGACUGCAUCGAGGGGGUGUGCGUGCAGACGGAGACGGUGCUGCGCCAGGCGCUGGGAGAGCGUAUCCGGCCGGUGCUGACGGUGAACAAGCUGGACCGGUGCUUCCUGGAGCUGCAGUUUGACCCCGAGGAGGCUUACCAGGCGUACUCGCGUGUGAUUGAGAACGCCAACGUCAUUAUGGCGACGUACCAGGACGACUUGCUCGGGGACACGCAGGUGUACCCCGAGAAGGGGACGGUGGCGUUCAGCGCGGGGCUGCACGGGUGGGCGUUCACGCUUACGCAGUUUGCUGCCAAGUACGCCACCAAGUUCGGGGUGGCCGAGAACAAGAUGAUGGAGCGGCUGUGGGGCGAGAACUUCUUCGACGCUUCCACCAAGAAGUGGACCAAGAAGAAUACGGGGAGCCCGACGUGCAAGCGUGGGUUCGUGCAAUUCAUCUACGAGCCCAUCCAGCAGGUGAUCCGGCUGUGCAUGAACGACGAGAAGGAGAAGCUGUUCCCGCUGCUGGAGAAGCUGGGCGUGCAGCUCAAGGGCGCGGAGAAGGACCUGCUGACCAAGGCGCUGAUGAAGAAGGUGAUGCAGACGUGGCUCCCCGCCAACGAGGCCCUGCUGGAGAUGAUGAUUUAUCACCUGCCCUCCCCUGCCAAGGCGCAGCGGUACAGGGUGGAGAACCUGUACGAGGGCCCCCUCGACGACCAGUACGCCAACGCCAUCCGCAACUGUGACCCCGACGGCCCCCUCAUGCUCUACGUGUCCAAGAUGAUUCCCGCGAACGACAAGGGCCGCUUCCUUGCCUUCGGGCGUGUGUUUGCCGGGACGGUGCGCACCGGGCGCAAGGUCCGGAUCAUGGGGCCCAACUACGUGCCCGGCGAGAAGAAGGACCUGUUCGUCAAGUCGGUGCAGCGGACGGUGCUCAUGAUGGGGCGCAAGCAGGAGUCGGUCGAGGACGUGCCGUGCGGGAACACGGUGGCGCUGGUCGGGCUCGACCAGUUCAUCCUGAAGAACGCCACGCUGACGGAGGAGAAGGAGGUGGACGCGCACCCCAUCCGCGCCAUGAAGUUCAGCGUGUCGCCCGUCGUGCGUGUCGCCGUGGAGUGCAAGAACCCCGCGGACCUGCCCAAGCUGGUGGACGGGCUCAAGCGCCUCUCCAAGUCCGACCCCAUGGUCCAGUGUAUCAUCGAGGAGACUGGCGAGCACAUUGUGGCCGGCGCUGGAGAGCUGCAUCUGGAGAUCUGCUUGAAGGAUCUGCAGGACGACUUCAUGGGAGGUGCUGAGAUUAGGAUCUCAGAUCCCGUCGUGUCCUUCCGUGAGACGAUUCUGGAGAAGUCCUCGCGGACGGUCAUGAGCAAGUCCCCCAACAAGCACAACCGCCUGUACUUCGAGGCGCGCCCCCUCGAGUCCGGCCUCCCCGAGGCCAUCGACGAGGGCAAGGUCGGCCCCCGUGACGACCCCAAGGCGCGCACCAAGAUCCUGAGCGAGGACUUCGGCUGGGACAAGGACGUCAGCAAGAAGAUCUGGUGCUUCGGCCCCGACACCAACGGCCCCAACAUGGUGGUUGACAUGUGCAAGGGUGUGCAGUACCUGAACGAAAUCAAGGACUCAGUCGUCGCGGCCGCGCAGUGGGCCAUGAAGGAGGGCGCCGUCUCGGAGGAGAACAUGCGCGGUGUCUGCUUCGAGGUGUGCGACGUGGUCCUCCACGCGGACGCCAUCCAUCGCGGCGGUGGCCAGAUCAUCCCCACUGCCCGCCGCGUCAUGUACGCGGCCCAGCUGACGGCCAAGCCGCGCCUGUUCGAGCCCGUGUACCUGGUGGAGAUCCAGGCCCCCGAGGGCGCCCUCGGCGGUAUCUACUCCGUGCUCAAUCAGAAGCGCGGCCACGUGUUUGAGGAGCAGCAGCGUAUCGGCACUCCCCUGUACAACAUCAAGGCGUACCUGCCCGUCGUGGAGUCGUUCGGGUUCACGGCCGUGCUGCGUGCGGCCACGUCGGGCCAGGCGUUCCCGCAGAUGGUGUUCGACCACUGGGAGAUGAUGGGCUCCGACCCGCUCGAGUCCGGCAGCCAGGCUGCGGAGCUGGUCAGCCAGAUCAGGAAGAGGAAGGGGCUCAAGGAGACGCCGACGCCGCUCUCCGACUUCGAGGACAAGCUCUAGAGGGAGCGCGGUGUGGUGUGGUCUGAGGGUUACUAUCGCGGGCACGAGGCACUUUGAAAGUUGGUUGAGGGAGGCGUCAGAAGCGAGGUCGAAUGGUUGUGUUACUCAUAGAGUUAGGCUGCGGUGAAGGGCGCUCUGUGCAGGUCGUUGGGCCCUGUGGCAGAAGUUAUUGUUGUAGUCGAGUGGAUAAGAAAGACUGUGCAAAACGCUGUGUAUUGAUGUGCACUUUUUCAAACGGAAGUCACAAGGACUGUGCUGUGCUCAAUUCACAUUACCAUUGCAGCCUCGUUCUGUGCACAUGCUCAUGCC